UUAUCAAUUUUAGGAGAGCCAUCUGAUGACCCGGAACAUCCUGGUUAUGUGCCGUCAUUGUUCGCUUUCACACCCAUGGCUAAAACACGUAUCGACACUUCAAGGCAUCAGAGACGUGUACAGCGCAGACUUGCCCUAACACCGGUAGUGAUAGAUGAAAACCAAGACAUUGCAGCGGCGAAUGCUUUGCUCAAGCUUGGUUCUAACAGUCCAAAGUUCGUUGAAAAAGGAACUGACCCAGGUCCAGAUCCAAAAGAUGCCAGACUGAAAGAACUGGAGACCCAAGUCAAUUAUCUGGAAUUCAAUUACAGCUCUCUGCAGCAAGAAUACCAGAGACUGCUGGAAGAAAAUAGAACAUUAAAACAAGAACUAGGGGAGAAAAAAUUCACGCACACAAAUCUUAAAAAUAAUGAAAUAAAGACACUGACUGGUUUGCCAUCAUGUGCAGUUUUCAUGUGGAUUCUGACGUUAGUCAGCCUUGGCUUUAAAAAAAUAGGAAAUUUGAACAAUGGUGAUCAACUCCUGCUUGUGUUGAUGAAACUCAAACUGAACUUGACAAACGCUGAUCUUGCUAUAAGAUUCAACAUAUGCCCAACGCAAGUUUCCAAGAUUUUUUCAAACUGUGUGCCGAUAAUUUCCAAAAAGUUGAAAUUUUUGAUAAGAUGGCCUGGCAAGGGAACUAUUCUCAAAAACAUGCCGAAGUCAUUCCAAUUGAAAUACAAGAAGUGUAGAGUGAUAAUAGACUGUAGUGAAAUAUUUAUUCAAAGGCCUUCCAAUCUUGAUACGCGAGCAAAGACCUAUUCAAAUUACAAACACCAUAAUACGCUCAAGUUUUUGGCAGGAAUUACUCCGUAUGGAGCAAUAAGUUUCUUAUCAAAGUGUUGGGGUGGCCGCGUAUCUGACAAGGAAAUAACUGCCAAAUGUGGAUUUUACGAAAAACUGGAGAAUGGGGACCUAGUACUGGCAGAUAGAGGCUUCUUAAUUUCCGAGGAGUUGGCUGUGCGUGGGGCUUCAUUAGCAAUUCCACCGUUCACAAAGGGCAAGAAGCAGCUGGGACACAGGGAGGUGGAGGUGGCAAGACGCUUAUCCCGUGUGAGGAUCCACGUUGAACGGGCCAUAGAGCGCAUAAAGAACUUCCAAAUUCUUAAACAUACUUUGCCCAUAUCGCUGAUAAAGCAUGCUGAUGACAUUCUUCAGAUCUGUGGUGCUCUGACAAAUCUGCAGCCCAAAUUAGUUAAAUAAAAUGAAGAGGUCAUUAUUCUGUUUUGUUUAUUUACAGUUAAGACACUAACUGAAAUGUAUAUUAUAAGUACAGAACUUAUAUAGACUAGUAUGCAAUGUUAUAAGCUCAGUAUGUGAAAAAAUAUA